CCGAGAUGGGCUUCGGGAGGAGGGGUCCGUCGGCCCUGUGGGUCCUCGUGCUGACUGUCGGCCUUGGCCAGCGGCUGGGCCUCAGCCAGAAGGAGUCUGGGGACCGGGAGCAGUUCCCCAGCUACCACUACAAGGCGGACCCUCAGCCAGCAUCCGAAGGGGACCCCCCCAGAGAGCUCAGCCACCCCCACAGUACCCAUCCCCCCAAGAUAAAAGCCCUGAACCCCGCCCACGGCGGGCAGGUGUGCAGCACGUGGGGGGGCUUCCACUACAAGACGUUCGAUGGUGCCAUCUUCCGCUUCCCCGGCCUCUGCAACUACGUCCUGGCCGCCCACUGCCACACCCCGUACGAGGACUUCAACGUUCAGAUCCGCCGGGCCCCGGGCUCCAACUCCACCGCCAUCCUCCGGGUCCUCCUCAAGGUCGAAGGGACCGUGGUGGAAAUGAUCGCCGGCUCCGUCGUGGUCGACGGCAAACCAGUCCAGCUGCCCCACAGCCAGUCCAGGGUCCUGGUGGAGCAGAGCAGUGGGUAUUUGAAAGUCGUAGCCAAGCUGGGCCUGCACUUCCUGUGGAACCAAGAGGAUGCUCUCCUGCUGGAACUGGACCCCAGAUACGCCAACCAGACCUGUGGGCUCUGCGGGGAUUUCAACGGACUCCGGGACUACAACGAAUUCUUCUCCAACAAUAUCCAACUGAGCCCCGUGGAGUUUGGGAACCUGCAGAAGAUGGAUGGACCCCUGGAGCAGUGCCAGGAUCCAGCCCCCUCCUCCCCAACCAACUGCACCGAGAAAUCGCCCCCCACCCCCCAGGACCCCUGCAGUCAGAUCCUGAAGGGCCCGCCCUUCUCCGCCUGCCACGGCCUCGUGGACGUCGACGACUACAUCGAAGCCUGCCGGCAGGACACGUGUCUCUGCGCCCCCGGCCUCACCCCCACCCCUACUCCCACCCCCACCCCUGCUUCCCCCAACCCCAUUGCCCCCACCCCGGCCUGCGCCUGCAGCACCUUCUCUGAGUACUCCAGGCAGUGUGUUCAUGCCGGAGGGCGGCCCCGGGCCUGGAGGACCCCCAAGCUGUGCCCCAAGAAGUGUCCAUCUACGCUGCGCUACGAGGAGUGCGGUUCUCCUUGCCCCGACACCUGCUCCAACCCUGAGCACAGCCAACUCUGUGAAGACCAUUGCAUGGACGGUUGCUUCUGCCCACCGGGCACUGUAUUGGAUGACAUUACCGGGCGGGGAUGUGUCCCAGUGGCGCAGUGCCACUGCACCUUCAAUGGCAAGACCUUUGCCCCAGGUUCUCAGUACAUGACAGACUGCAGUACCUGUUCCUGCUCCAGUGGGCGCUGGGACUGCACGUGGCAGCCGUGCCCGGGCGUGUGCUCCGUGGAAGGUGGCUCGCACGUGUCUACGUUCGACGAGAAGCACUACACCGUUCACGGUGACUGUAACUACGUCCUGGCCAAGUCCUGCGGGGAAGACGACUUCACUGUCCUGGGGGAGAUACGCAAGUGUGGACUGACGGACAGUGAGACCUGCCUGAGGAGCGUGGGGCUCAUCCUGGCUGGAGGGUUGACCACCGUCAUCAUCACGCCAGACGGGGAGGUGUUUAUCAACGGGGUCUACACCAUGCUGCCCAUCUCCACUGCUAACGUGACUCUGUUCAGACCCUCCACCUUCUUCAUCAUCGCCCACUCGGCCCUGGGCCUCCAGUUGGACGUGCAGUUGGUUCCCAUCAUGCAAGUGUUUGUGAGGCUGCAGCCCCAGCUCCGGGACCUGACCUGUGGUCUUUGUGGAAACUUCAACCAGAACCAGGUGGACGAUUUCAGGGCGGUGAGUGGCGUGGUGGAAGCCACGUCGGCCGCCUUUGCCAACACCUGGAAGACCCGGGCCGACUGCCCCAACAUCCAUAACCUCUUCGAGAACCCAUGUGCCCUCAGUGUGGACAAUGAGAAGUUUGCCGAGCACUGGUGUGCUCUUCUCACAGACGCCCAUGGCCCCUUCGCCCCCUGUCACUCCGUGGUCAACCCAUCCAUUCACUACUCGAACUGCAUGUUUGACACCUGCAACUGUGAGAAGAGCGAGGAUUGUCUGUGUGCGGCCUGGUCCUCCUACGUGAGGGCCUGUGCCGGACGCGGUGUCCUGCUGCAGGGGUGGAGGGACCACGGCGUCUGCGGGAAGGUCAUGAUGUCGUGCCCCAAGUCCCUCGUGUACCGCUACCAUAUCCGCACGUGCCCGCCCACGUGCCGGGCAUUGAGCCAGCCGGACAUCACGUGCGCGGUCCCCUUCGUCCCCGUGGACGGCUGCACCUGCGCCAACGACACCUACCUGGACGCCGGCGGCCAGUGCGUGCCCGCCGCCAGCUGUCCCUGCUACCAUCAGGGGCUGCCUGUGCCCGCCGGCCAGUCCUUCCACCAGAACGGUGCCAUCUGCACGUGCACUCGGGGUAUGCUGAACUGCAUUGGCGGAGAUGCCACCUUGAGCACCGCGACAGCCUGCACCACCCCCCAAGUCUACUUUGACUGUCAAAACGCCCCGGCGGGGACCUCCGGUGCCGAGUGCCAGAAGAGCUGCUUCACCCUGGACAUGGCCUGCUACAGCACGAGUUGCGUGUCUGGCUGCGUGUGCCCCGGCGGGCUGGUGUCAGACGGGAAGGGAGGCUGCAUCACCCCGGAGGCCUGUCCGUGCGUCCACAACGAGGCCAGCUACAGCCCGGGGGAGACCAUCAGGGUGGACUGCAACACGUGCACCUGCAAGGCCCGGCUGUGGGAGUGCACGACCAGAGUCUGCCGGGCCUCCUGCACUGUAUACGGGGACGGUCACUACAUCACCUUCGACGGCCACCGCUACAGCUUCAGCGGACACUGCCAAUACACCCUGGUCCAGGACCACUGCGGGGGGAACGGCAGUGCCCCGGACGCUUUCCGCGUCAUCACGGAGAACGUGCCCUGUGGCACCACUGGCGUCACCUGCUCCAAGGCCAUCAAGAUCUUCCUCAGGGGCGCCGAGCUAAGGCUGAGCGACGGGGCGGUGGAGGUGUCGGGACCGGGGGUCGGCACAGGGGGCAAGACCCCCUUCAUCGUCCGGCAGCGGGGCCUGUUCCUGGUGCUGGAGGAGGCCGGAGGAGGAGGUGGCCACGGAGGGCGCGGGCUGGUCCUCACGUGGGACCACAAGACCAGCUUGACCGUGACGCUCGGCCCAAGCUACAAGGGCCGGGUGUGCGGACUGUGCGGCAACUUCGACGACCACGGGGGCAACGAUCUGACGACGCGCAGCGGGUCCGUGGUGGGCGACGUGCGGGAGUUCGGCAACAGCUGGAAGUCGUCUCCGUCCUGUCCCGACGCCGCGACUCCCAGAGAACCCUGUGCCGCCAACCCCUACCGCACGGCCUGGGCCCACCGGCGCUGCGCCAUCCUCCACAGUGACGUCUUCGCCCUCUGCCACCACCAGGUGGAGCCGUCGAAGUUCUACGAGGCCUGCGUGAACGACGCGUGCGCCUGCGACAGCGGCGGGGACUGUGAGUGUUUCUGCACCGCCGUGGCCGCCUACGCCCGGGCCUGCAACCGGGUCGGGGUCUGCGUCUCCUGGAGGACCCCCGACAUCUGCCCCCUGUUCUGCGAUUACUACAACCCCAAGGGUGAGUGUGAGUGGCACUACCAGCCGUGUGGAGCCGCCUGCAUGAAGACCUGCCGUAAUCCCACCGGGAAAUGUCUGGAAGAUGCACAAGGCCUGGAAGGCUGCUACCCGACGUGCCCCGCGGAGUCGCCCCUCUUCGACGAGGACCAGAUGAAAUGCGUCCGGACCUGCGGCUGCAUAGACCGGGAGAAGUACUACAAGCCGGGGGCCAGGGUGGACACCGGCAAUACCUGCCACACGUGCACGUGCCGAGAGAAUAACCACAUGGAGUGCAAGUAUGACCCCAAGGAGUGUACCUGCACGUUCCAAGGCCGGACCUUCGCCCCGGGAGAGGUCAUCUACCACACCUCGGACGGCGCGGGUGGCUGCCUGAUGGCCCGGUGCGGCCGAGACGGCGCCAUCCUCAGGAACGUGUCCGCCUGCCCCGCCGCCCCCUCCCCGACGGCCACCUUCUCCUUCUCCAGCAGUGUGGGAGCCUCUCUGGACACCACCGGCACCGCCAAUGUCGCACCCGCAACCGGGCCCUCAACUCCGCCUGGAACCGUACUGGGAAUCGCAACCUCAUCCGCGACUCUAACCGUGCCUGGACUGGCACCCGGGACCACAACUGCACUCGCGACUACAACAGGAGCUGCUUCCGCACCCGGAACCACCAUCACAACUGGUACCACAACUGGAACCGUGAUCGCACCCGGGCCUGCACUUGGAACCACUCCCGGACACACCCCCGGAAGCACACCAGGGCAUACAUCUGGACUCACACCCGAGCACACACCCAGAAUCACACCCGCGCACACACCCGAAAUCACACCUGAGCACACACCCGGAAUCACAUCCGAGCACCCACCUGGAACCACACCCGAGCACACGCCCGGAAUCCCACUUGGGUACACACUUGGAAUCACAACUGGGCACACACCUGGAAUCAUACCUGUGAACACAAUCAGAAUCACACCCGGGCACACACCUGGAAUCGCUACAGGGAACACGCUUGGUAUCACAGCCAUGCACACACCUGGAGCCCCAUUCAGUGUCAUAUCUGGAAACACCCCGGGAACGACACUCAGGGUCACACCUGGAAUCACACCCAGUGUCACACCUAGAAGGACACUCGGUGUCACACCAAGAAUCACACCCAGUGCCACACCAGGAACGAUCCUCAGGGUCACACCUGGAAUCACACCCAUUGUCACACCAAGAAACACCCUCAGGGCCACACCUGAAACCAAACUCAGGGUCACACCUGGAAUCACAUUCAGCGUCACACCUAGAAACACACCCAGUGUCACACCCGGAACGGCCCCCGGAGCCCCACCGGAAACUCCCCGCCUCGACACCCUGAGAAGCAGCCCUCCCCCGGGCCCGCCCGGCCCCCCAACACCCGGGAGAUGCACACGGGACUCUUGCAGCUGGUCCCCGUGGCUGGACGUGAGCCGUCCGGGCCAGGGCAACAGCAGUGGUGACUUUGAGACGUGGGAGAACAUCCGGGCGGCGGGGCACCGGGUGUGUGAGACCCCCACAGCGGUCCGGUGCAGGGCCGAGGAUGCCCCCGCUGCCCCACUGGGCACCCCGGGAAGACAGGUGGAGUGCAGUGCGGCCAAGGGCCUGCUCUGCUUUAACAGAGACCAGGCCUCGGGCGUGUGCGCCAACUACCAGAUCCAGGUGCUGUGCUGCCACCGGGAGCCGUGCCCUUCGUCGCCAACGGGCACCUUCAACCCCACGACGCCUUGCUCCCGUCGCGUCUGCGGGUGGACCGAGUGGCUGGACGCCAGCUACCCCGGGCCCGGGCGGGACGGUGGCGACUUUGAGACGCUGGAGAACCUGAGGGCCAGCGGACACGCCGUGUGUGCCAGCCCGGAGGGCGUGGAGUGCCGGGCCCGGGCCUUGCCCGAUGUCCCGCUGGAGCACCUUGGCCAGCGGGUGCUGUGCCACCCGGCCGUCGGGCUGCUGUGCCACAACGACGACCAGACGCCCCCCGUCUGCUACAACUACGAGGUCCGGCUCCGCUGCUGCCGGCAGGCGGAGGGCUGCCCCCCGGAGACCCCGACGUCCACCGGCCCUCGCCCCCCUCUGACGGGCAGCCAGGCCCCGGCCUGCGAGCCCCCCUGCUCCUGGACCGAGUGGUUCGAUGUGGACUUCCCAUCGGCCGGCCCCGGGGGUGGGGACGUCGAGACCUAUGCCCACAUCGCAGCCAGAGGGGGGAGUCUCUGCCCCCCGGCAGGCCGCAUCUCCCGCCUCCAGUGCAGGGCGCGGGACCACCCAGACCUCGGCCUCGACAGCCUGGGGCAGGUGGUGACCUGUGACCCCGACUUCGGGCUCGUGUGCAAGAACCAGGACCAGGCCGGAAGGGGCGGCAUGUGCCUCAACUAUGAGAUUCGGGUGAUGUGCUGCGAGCCCCGUCCGUCCUGCCCCUCGCCCCCGCCCCCCGGGGGGUCCGCGCCCACCCCCCACCUCGCUCCUCCAUCUGGGACUCCCGCCGCCACCUGCUUCUGCCACGUGUACGGGAAGUUGCAUCCGCAGGGGAGCCUGGUGUACAACCGGACGGACGGCUCCGGGCACUGCUACCUGGCCAUUUGCGGGUCCGACUGUGCCAUCGAGAGGGCGGUGCUGCCGUGCCACUCCACCGGGCCUACCUCCUCCCCUCCGGACCUGGCUGCCCCGGCGACCCUGACCUCCUCCACCCCGACCUUCAUGACCCCGACAGCCACCACUGGCACCUCGACCGCCCCCAGGACCCCGACCUCUGCCACUCCCACCCCAACUUUCACUGCUGCCGAGACCCCGACUUCUGCCUCCACCGGGACCCCAACCCCUGCCCCUGCUGGGACCCCAACCAUCCUUGGGACCCCACCCCUCGCCCCCAUCAGGCCCCUAACCCCUACCGCCGUCGGGCCCCCGACCUCUGCCAUCCCUGAGACCCCAAUAUCCACCCCCGAUGGGACCCCGACUUCCAUCGCUGCUGGAACCCCGAACUCCGCCACCGCUGGGCCCCCGACUUCUGGCAACCCCGCCGCCGACAUCGCCACCGGCUGCGACAGCAUCUUCCCGGCCCGGAAGAGAGGAGAGAGCUGGCCCGUGAACGCUUGCCAGACGGCCACCUGCAAGGGCGACAACGUGGUGGCCCUGACACCCCUGCCGUGCCCUCCUGCCGAGCCCAUCCGCUGCGCCAGCGGGUACCCGCCCCUCGAAGUUCUCGGGGAUGACGGCUGCUGCUUCCGCUACGAGUGCCCGUGUGUCUGCUCGGGCUGGGGAGACCCCCACUACAUCACCUUCGAUGGCGUCUAUUACACGUUCCUGGACAACUGCACCUACGUGCUGGUUCAGGAAAUUCGGCCCAAGUUCGGUCCCUUCCGCGUGCUGGUGGACAACUCGUUCUGCAGUGCCCGGGACGGCCUCUCUUGCCCCCACGCCCUCAUCAUCCAGUACAAGGCCAACACCGUCAUCCUGACCCGUGGGCCGGGCCGCGGACUGACCGCCAACAAGAUCAUCUUUAACAACAAGACCGUGUCCCCUGGCUACCACUGGGAUGGAGUCACCAUUUCCUCCGCCGGGGUGAAGAUGAUGGUGUCCAUCCCAGCCCUCGGAGCACACAUCAUGUUCAGCGGCCUGAUCUUCUCCAUCGAACUGCCCUUCAGCAAAUUUGGCCACAACACGGAAGGCCAGUGUGGAACAUGCAGCAACAACCAAACGGACGAGUGCCGGCAGCCGGAUGGGAAGACGGCGCAGUCGUGCGCGUCGAUGGCCACCCUCUGGAGGCACGGCAGCAGCCGGGGAUCUCCCUGCCUGCUCCACCCGGGACCGGUGCCCACCUCCCAGCCCUGCCCGGGACCCUCGCCCACCUGCCAGCUCAUCCUCAGCCAGGUCUUCUCCCCAUGCCACGGGGCCGUCCCGCCGGGGCCCUACCUGGAGGGCUGCGUGUUCGACGAGUGCCACGGCGUGGACCCCCGAGUGGCCUGCUCGGCCCUGGAACUGUACGCUGCCCGUUGUGCUGCCCGGGGCAUCUGCAUCCCCUGGAGGGACCAAGCCAAGGCCCAGUGUCCCUUCUGGUGCCCGGAUGACAAGGUGUACCAGCCAUGCGGCCCCAUCAACCCUCCAUCAUGCCAGUCUUCGGGUCAGAGAGCCGACACCCCCUUUCUGCCGUCGCAGCCCCGGGCCCGGCUCCCGGGGCCUCCCCGGGCCCCAGUGACGGAGGGCUGCUUCUGCCCGGCGGGCACGAUGCUGCUGAGCUCCGCCGGGGAACGGUGCCUGCCUUCCUGCGCUCUGUGCUGGGACGCCGAGGGAAAGCCGGUCCCGGCCGGGGAGACCUGGACGGUCGCCUGCAAGGAGUGCACGUGUGACGGUGCCACCCUGAGCGUGAUCUGCUCCCCGCGGGUCUGCCCGACCCCCGACCCCCUGACCUGCCAGGGCCCGGGGCGUGCCCUGAUGCCCGUGCUCAACCAGAAGGAUUCCUGCUGCCCCCAGUACCAGUGCUUUCCUGGAUGUACUGUCAAUGGCACAUUCUACCAGGUAAGAACAAGAGCCGUAGCCUAAGACUGAAGGAGAGGAGCCGCAUGGCCUAGUGGAAAGAGACCGGGGCUGGGGGUUA